AUGCCAUUGACCGAGUCGCCGCCCCCGCAUCCUCGGGUUGGAGAGCGUUCACGCGAAGCUGGCCGUGAAAUGAAGCUUCUUCACUUCGUCUACGGCCAGCCAAACCUCGAUGACAUCAGAGGCCACCCGCAAAAAGUCCUCGACCUCAUGGACAAAUUCGAAGAAGACUACCACAUGAUGACCGUCGGCGGGUCCAAGGGCAAAAUCGUCAAAGAUCUAAUCGACGAACUCAAGCCCAAGACCAUGAUCGAGCUGGGCUGCUACGUGGGCUACUCGGCCAUCCUCUUCGGCGAAGCCGUGCGACGCAACGGCGGCGAGCGCUAUCUCAGCCUCGAGCUCAACCCGGAAUGGGCCGCCAUUGCGAACAUGUUGAUCGAGCUAGCCGGUCUGCGCGAUUUUGUCCGGGUCAUCGUUGGUCGGAGCGACGUGUCGCUGGACAAGUUGUACCGCAGCGGCGAGGUGACCAAGAUUGAGCUCAUGUUUAUUGACCAUUAUAAGCCUGCGUAUACCACGGAUCUGAAGCUCUGCGAGCAUCAUGGGAUGAUCGUUCCUGGCUCGGUGCUCGCUGCUGAUAAUGUGAUUCAUCCGGGCAAUCCGCCGUACCUGGAGUAUGUGAGGAGCAGUGUUGCGCAGAAGCGGGAGGCUGCGAAGGGAGGGCCUACGAAGGGGUAUAAUGUGGAGGGGAUGCGCGAGCGCGCUGUCAAUUCGUUCAUGCCCGAGGGUGAUACGCCUGUGUUUGAGGUUAUUGGCAACCCCAACCUCGUGUACCAGAGUGUGUUGCGGCAACCGGAGGGGGAACGGGAUGCCAUCGAGGUGACUCGGUGCGUGGGGUUGGAAGAGGAGUAG